GGCGUUGAGCUCGGCCUGACGCCGCUUCUCCAACAUGAAUAUUAAUCGAGAGGAGCGGCUGCAAAUGCGGCAGCGCGGAGCAGCGUCACGUAAGACGAAAGAGAUCAACUUCGGCUUUUCGUUUGGGCUAGCUCCUGCGCCGGAGCCAUCCGCUACAGAGCCCGCGUCGCGACCGGCCGAUGUUGGGAUUGCUUCACAGCCUUCUGCCUCACUUGCACCGCCGCCAACAACAACUGAACCGCCAGCCACCACAGAAACAACAACCAUCGUAGAUGAAACUGUGCAGAAUGGCUCGUUGCCUAUUGCGCCAGUGGAGGAACACCCGUCUACGGCUCCGGACCAGAACCCCCCUCGACGGAAGUCAAGAAGCCCGCGCACCAGAUCCUCGCCUAGAUUGUCUCCAUCAGGACCCCAAUCGAACGAUGCGACAGAAGCUGGUCCAAGUCGAAAGAUUAGAAAACUUGAUCACCCUAGGAGCUCCCCUACGACCUCACUUGCUGCGCCCGGCGACGAUACGGUCCCAUCACUCAUCAACGGAACGGACUCCAUCGAUACCGCUCAACCUGUAGAGGAAUCCGCUGCUGCGAUCAGCCCUACGCCCGAAUCUGCCCCAGCCGAACCCCCGAUUGAGAAACCAGCGUCACCAGUUGCGCCGCCCGCAGCUGCUACAGCACCAGAUGUUCUUAUGACGCAGCCAGCUCCCCCGGAAAUGGAGUCAGCUUCGGUUGAUGCACAACAGCCGUCGCCCACGCCGACAUCGGCAUCACCCACAAUGAAUGGAACACCCUCUCCACCGGGUAAAAAGGCCAGAGGCAAGCGCAAGAGACAAGGCUCUCAGGAGAGCGCAAAUUCACCGUCCACUACACCGAGCCCGAAGGCGAGUAAUGCGCAGAUCGGACAACCAGCGGAACCUAUGGAUCUGUCGCCAGACGUACGGCGUGAGCCUACAGAAAUUCCGGCAACAGCUGUGCCGGAUGCUGUGGAACCAUCGACCGAUAAUGAGGUACCAAGUCUUUCCGAGCAAACCGAGCCAGUCAACACCCAAGCUGCCGUUGAGCUCGGAGUGACCGCACAAGCUCAAAAGACGAACCAGCCGCAAUCAACUUUGAAGCAGUCGAGACUUCCUGUGCCUUCGCGAACAAAGCGACCACGAGGUGAACGAGCGGCAUCCGUCCAAGCAUCUACGACGACAGUUAGAGAGCCCCGUGUGGCUAGGGCGGGCUCGAUAGAAAGUGCGCCUACUCAGGUGAAGGGGAGCAAGAGGAUUCGGACUCGUAUUGAUGACGUUCCGGAGCCAACAGAGGAGCCUCCCGUCACCAACGGGAAGGCAGAAGGUCAGAGAAUGGAGCUAGAUGCUCCAGAAGGGGGUGAAGUGGGAAUUGCGGAGCGAAAGGAAGUUCACAAAGGACGUCCACAACGAUUGGAUGUAGCAGAGUCAAAGCCGAAGCGCGCUGGUCGCCCCGGAAGACAGGUGCUACCAUCUCUUAGAGACGUGGUAGAGGAAGAAGAUAUGCCCGUCGAGAAGGCACAGAAAGAUGUACAGGAGUCAGGAGAAUCGGCACCGCAGCCAAAGCGAAGAGGACGGAAACCGAAGAUAGCAGAGCCGCAGCCUGUUGAGCCGGAGCCAAGCCAACCGGAGCCGGAACAGGAGCCUCAGCCCGCACCGGCCGAGGCGCAACCGAAGCCCAGAGGACGAAGACCGAAGCAAAUAGAGCCCGAGCCGGCAAGUUCGGAGCGAGAGCAAGCGGAGCCAGAGCCGGAGACGCAAGAGCCCGCAGCGGGAGCUGAGACAGCGCCGCCGAAGCCCAGAGGGCGGAGAGCCAAGCCCACAGAGCCAAUGCCUGAGCUAGCACAGACGGCACCAGAACUAGCAAUACCUGACUCAAUGCCCAGAGGACGAAAGGCACUGACAGCUGAGCCGGAAGCCGUGCAGCAAGAGCCAAGCGUGCCCAAAUUGAAGCUCAGGGGACGGAGGGUAAGAACGGCGGAGCCAGAGCCUACGCAAGCUGAACCUAAAAUGAUGGUUCAACAGCCAGCAGAGGAGCCACGGCCUCGAGAGCGGAGGACGCGCCCAGCCGAGCAGGAGACAGCACAGCCGGAGCCGGAGCCGGCAGCACCAGAAGCAGCCGAAGCAGCGCCAAAGAGAGGGCGCAAGGCUAGAGGAGCCAAGCCAAUAGCGCAGCAGCCAGCAGAAGAGCUGCCGGAACCUGAAUUGGCAGACGCUGAGCGCGCAGAACCCGAACAAGAACCCAGAUUUCCAUCGGCAACUGUCGAACCCCAAUCUCGGAAACGUGGCCGCGGUACAAGGCAGCCAGCAGAUGAUCCCAACGCUAGUGCAACCCGGGAAGCAGAUACCAUUACGGCGGAAGGCGAGAGCAGCGCAGGAGCUCAGACUCGAAAACGCAAGCCGCAUCAACCCCGCGGCGAGACUGUGCCGGUCACUGUGCACCGUCUUGCGAACGUCGCUGCUCUUGGCGGCGAUCCCACGCUGCUAGAGUCGUCGGAUGACGAGGGCGAAACCCCUGCAAGGCCGUCUGACCGGCUACAGACCAAGCUACCCAACCGGGGCGGCGUCAACGUGGCCGAUGUGCUGGGCCAGAUCUGCCGCGAGACCUUGGAGAAGAUGCUGACCUCGUUGACUAAUAACAUUGAAGGCGAGGGCAACACCGCCCGACGUGCCGAGUUUACGCGCAAGAAGAAAGUGGUUGAGGCGUAUGGUGCCGAAUUGGAGGGACGACUGCUCGAGUUGAGUGAGAUGCUAGACGGCAACUUCGUGCUCGGGGUCAAGAUGCGGAAAGCCAAGCGAGAGAUGAUGGACUACCGGAGUCGUCUGUACCAAGUGCGCCGGGAGCGAGAGGCGGUUGCGCUGCAGAUGGAUGCCGUGCGGAGAAAACAUGCUGAGGAUGAAUCCGCACGAAAGGCCCGCGCCACCAUCAACAACUCCCUCCACAGUCUCGACCUCGCGCUUGAGCGUAGCCAGACCCGCCCGGGCGAUCUCGAUGAAACGUCCACGGAUCUGGCAGGGAUGGAGUUUCUGCUUCGCAACGUUGCGGAGACGGUCAGCUCCGCCGCACCCGGCGGCCAGGGCGGGCUGUUGCAUCAACUCCGGUCCUUCAACGCGCAGCUUGAAUCUACGGCUCGGCGGCUGGAGAGUUAG